AUGGAGGCAAAUGUGGUGCAUGUGGAGACGAAUAUGGUAUCAGCAACCCCAGGUAUGUCUAUCCUGGCGCCUUUGCAAAUCAACCACCAAUUGUCAAGACCUACACCGAAGGAUCACUGAUUGAAGUGACUGUGAAAAUAACAGUCAAUCAUAAAGGGUAUUUCAUAUUCCGCGUAGCGCCAUUGGUUAAUCCACCGAUCACGCAAACAGAUCUGGAUAACACCAUGCUGGAACUGGAGAAUGGUGACCAGGAAUGGAACCUGGGUGAUACUGGCGCUGGUGAUUAUACCAUCACACUCAGGCUACCCACGGGAUUGUCAUGCGUCCACUGCGUACUUCAAUGGUGGUAUACCACCGGGAAUAAUUGGAAGGGGCACGAACCAGAGACAUUCGUCAACUGUGCUGAUAUCAAGAUCUUGCCUGCAACCAACCCACAGACAGGCACAAACGAACCACCUGUCACUGCCCCACCCGCUACUACCCAACCCGCACCACCCGAGACCAACCCAACCGCACCGCCUUCCACUGCCCCACCUUCUUCAGGGUGUUAUGCUGUAUCGCCAACAGCGACUGAUGCUUGGUGCACUGCGAAUUGCGCAGCUGGAUACUGCCCUGCAUCACAUUGCGCCUGCAGUUAA